UCAGGAGAGUCGGUGACUCUCGUCGGUUUCGCGUCACGUGACCUCCUCUCUUUGCACAGAUAGGUCGGAUGAUGGCGUGAACCUCACUUGCCCGGAGUUCGCUGAAGACGUCGGUAAAGCUGAAUGCUUGGAUGAUGAGUGACCACUGAUUAGAUAUUUUUUUGAUGUUGAAUAACUCCAUUGACGAUGCAUUAUUGUCUUCAAUUCAGUUUACAGAUUUAACUACAAUAACUGCAUGCUUUAUCUCAUCUUUCUGUAUGAACUUGUGAAGAGCAUGAUCCAAAAAUGCCAGGUGUAGGAAGAUAUCACUGUAAAUCUUGCCGUUAUGUUGCUAAUAAUCGUCGCAUGUUAGCUAGGCAUGUUGCACUAAUCCAUUGUGAAAAAGUAUUCAAAUGUCCAGUAUGUCCGUUUGUGACUCGGUAUGCUGCUAAUUGGUACCGACACAAACGGUCUCUUCAUGGUAUUAAUAAAGAUACAACUUGUGAAGCAUGUGGUUUUUUUGCAAACAGCAUUCCGGAGCUUGCCCAACACAAAGAAGAGGCUCAUCCUGAACUGCCCCAAGUUGAAAAGAAUGCAAGGAAACAUGCUGAAGAGAGACCCAAGUUGAAUUCCGAAUUCUCAAAAGCAGAUGUAGACCUAGUCAAAAAAGACGUUGUCAACUGUAAUGCAACCAAAGAAGAUGGAUAUAGAGUAGAAAAUGGCCAAAAUCUUGACGAGAAGUCAUCCCCAAGUGAAUCUGUUUCAUCUUCAUUACCAGUCAAUGGCUUUUAUGAUUCAGGGGUAGCAGGAAGUUUUAGCGGUAAUGCAGGUAAAACUGUGCGUGCGGCUGUUACUAUGAAUGAUACAAGUGCUUCUGGCAAUCUACGACCUCUAAGAGUCAAAAGAAGCUAUAGCUGUGACAGAUGUGGUCUCUUAACCAAUAAUCCUAGAGAAUUUUUAUAUCAUCUGAAAAGCAUUCAUGGAGAAAAAUUAAGCAUUCAUGAAUGUAAAUACUGUGUCUAUGCUUCAAAACAUGUACAGAAAUUACAGCGCCACUGCAAUUUAGUUCACAGGCAACAGUUGGCAAAGGAUCCAGAGUACCAGAAGCAGUUAGAAGCUGCUAAAGAAAAGAGGUCAAAGCCUGAAAUGAUAGCUUUGCCUCUUUCUACAGCAAGUGAGAAAUAUCUGCAUUUACCCAAAGUUACCAAUAAACCUGCUUUGAAAAUCAGACCAAAUCCAGCCGUGUUAAAGUGUUCUGCGUGUCCAUAUCAAACAAGAAAUAAAAAUCUCUUGUUGCAUCACGAAAAAACUGCUCAUUUUAAGAAACGAUUUUAUCGCUGUCUUCAGUGUGGCUACGUGACAAACGAAAAAGGACGUUACACAAAACAUAUAAAAUACCAUAGUCUUCCUAAAAUGCAAUGUGAGUACUGUUUUUUUAAAACAGCAUAUAAGUGGAAUAUGGACAGACACAUGAAAAACCAUGAAGAUAAUGCGGACGGUGAAUUCCGAUGCAACCUCUGCAAUUUUACAACUUCAACAAAACAGUCAUUCAAAGCACAUGUCACAAAUCAUCAUGAUCCCUCAGCUGAUGAUGUUGCUGAUCAAGAAAUAGAAAUGGAUGGCCCCAAUGAAUCAUCCGAUUGGGAAGAUCUAGAUUUUGAUGAAGCAGAGACAUCUAACAUGCAGAUGGAUGACAAUGCCUCAUACGAUUGCUAUGAUUUUCCUGAUGCAAGAGAAACUCCUGAUAUGGUAUGGAAAGAUGGAAAAGCAUAUCAAAAGACUCUGAAAUGUAAAAGUUGUGACUUUAAAGCUGCUUGGCCCUUUGAGAUGAAAAAGCAUGAAGAGACUCACAAGGGGCAAAAGAAGCAUCAUUGCCCCCUUUGUGGAAUGCGUUUUGAACAUAUAGCAUGGCUAACUAAACAUCUUAGAAGAGUUCAUCGAGAAAGCAGCCAAGCAAAAAAUAUAGCUGCUGCCUUUGACCUCUUGAAGCCCAAUCGCAGGCGACCAGGCAAAGAGUAUGCUACUGAUGCAGUAUUGCCAAUGUUUCAAGAUGUUUUGAAACAAAAUACGAAAUCUUCCCCCGAGCCAAGUAAACCCUCUAUGCUUUCAUCCUUAUUGAAAAAGCCUUUACAUACUUUUUCAUCUACUGUAAAUCGUUAUAGCUCAUUAAAGUCCAAGGUUUACAAUUCAUCUCAAAAUGCACUGAGACAGACAAAAUUACCAUCUUAUUAUGAAAAGCCAGGUGCUGAAGAAUCAUAUGAAGCUACGGGUUUCAAAUCAAAAUCUGUUCCUACUUGCAAUGUGUGUGGAUAUAAGACAAGGUGGAUUUCUGAAUUACAGAGACACAUGAGGGUUCAUUCUCAGGAAAAACCAUUCCAAUGCCCCAAGUGCAAGUAUCACUGUAAAUGGAAGGGGGACUUGAAUCGUCAUCUCAUGAAAUAUCAUGGUAUCAAAGUACCUACUCCUGGUAAAAAGCAAAAUAUUCCCAAAAUAAAAUUCAAAACAUCAAGUAACUCCCCUAGUCCUGUCAAUGAUUGGCAAAGCAACAGUCAAGAGAAGAGGUCUGAAUUUUCAACAUCUACCCCUUUGCGCAAGGAUCAAGAGUCACCUUUAGAUUUGACUCUCGGAAAGGAAACUUUCCCUCAUCCUCAUCAUAAUGAAAGUGUGUAUGAUGCUUAUGACUUCGAUUCCCAGUCGGCUUUGGAUUCAGAUGUCGUGGACGUGGUUUCUGUGGACGAUUCCAACCCUGCUAGUCGGUACUCACCUUUUAAAUCUCCUCUUGCUCAUCUGAGAGAAUCUUCAAAUCUAUCCGAUGAUUCCUCAAAUGCUGGAGGAAGACGUAAAUACCGGUGCCCAUUCUGCACGUUUGAAACGACCACAGCUUCACGUUUUCAUGUUCACAUUGUGCAGCAUUACAACAGACGUCCAUUCAUGUGCUCUGUGUGCGGAUACAAUUCUAACUGGGAGUGGGACAUAACGAAGCACAUCCGCUUGAAGGGUUGCCGGGACAAAUCACACAACAAAGCAUGUGUCCUGUUAACUGAUGAAAGUGGUAAAAGAAACUAUGAAAAGUAUGACAAAUAUUUAACUGAUAUUGACCAAGACAAACCUUGUGAACCACCACCAGUGAGACUGCCAGAAGUUAAUGAUAUUUCAGAGAAUAUUAAAUACAAUACAGGUCCUCCAACCUUCAAUAACGCUAUCAACAAGAGUUGCAGCUAUGACUUCCGGAAUAUAGGUUCAAAUUUUGAAGAACCUCAAGAUAUGCCCGAAAAUAUUGUAGUCACACCUGACAUUGAUUUAUCAGAGCCUCUUGAUAUGCUUGAAAACCAGAGUGACAUGCUGCAGAUCAAUUUAACGGAAGGUUCUUUUCAAGAAAAUUCUAAUGAAGCCAAGCAAUUCUAUUGCAAACAUUGCAAUUUUAAACAUUCUACAAAGAGAGUUGUUGUUAGCCAUCUAUCUAUACACGCUGGUAUAAAGCCAUUCCGUUGCCGAGCCUGUGGUAUAUCCUCAAAUUGGCGACAUGUUAUUGUGAGGCAUGUGAAAGACGCUCACAAUGGUUACAUGAAUGAAGUAGAAGACAGAAUUAAUUUUGUCCAAGAAGGUUAUUCUCUUCGUUUGACGUCAAUCAAUGCUGGAGAUUCGGCAGCGAUUCAACCAGGUAGGGAAAUGCCCCAUUCAGAACAAUUUGGCUGCAAAAUUUGCCCCUACAAAUGUGAUAAAGAAUUCUACAUGAAAUUCCAUAUGAAGCAGCAUAGGCCAAGAGAAGGUGCAGUUUUCAAAUGCGAAUUCUGUCCCUACUUUGUAAAAUUCAAGAAAACUCUUGUUAGACACUUAAAAUUGCAUAACGUUCCAUCUAUGGAUGAUGGACCACCAAAUACAGAAGUUUCCUAUAUGAAUGAUAGCAGUUUUUCAAGUCAACCGAUUCUUUAUCAGAAUGACAUGUAUGACUUCUAUGAAAAUGGCCAAAAUGAUUCUGCAGAAGAUGAUUCCAUCGUAAUUUCUUUCGACAAACUCAAUCAGUCUGAUCAAGUUGAACAGACUUCGCCUCCAAAAAUCAAAAGACAUGUUUGCGAACAUUGUCCGUAUAAGACUGACAACAAGACUCAGUACCUUUAUCAUAAGCAAUUUCACCGACCAAAUCCUUCAGCCCCUUUCAAAUGCAGUAUUUGUACAUAUUGGGCCACUAUGCAGCACCUGCUAACUCAACACAUGAAGGUACAUUCCGAUGCAGAUGCCAGCGCAGAGUCCGAACCAAGUCACAAACCUGAAAGUGUGAAAGAGCCAUCUCCACCUUCAGAAGAAGAACCUUUGGACUCUCCAGAGAAAGAUGAUCUUGAUGAGAAAAUAUGUGUUGUUUAUGUUAAACGAGGAGACUUGAUUGUGAAGAUGUUCAAGUGUCAAUUUUGUCCUAUGAUGAAUAAGAAGAAAGCAAAUGUUAGGGUCCACCAAAAGAUGCACGGUGUCAUUGUCAACGAUGGGAAGUUUGCAUGUACGUACUGUAACUAUCAAUGUCUAAACCAAGGUGGAUUGACAAAUCACAUUAAAGUGCACCAGAAAGUACCGGAGAAGCAAGUGGAGCAAUCCGAAUUAGAAGCCGAUAAUGUGAAAAACGUGCCAGAGCCUGCUCCACUUGUGGAGGAAAAUAGAAAAGGGUAUACUUACUUCUGCAUGAAGUGCCCUGCCGUUUUCAAAAGUGCUGCGGACCUUCAGAUUCAUUCGAAAUUCCAUGGAGCUACACUGCCAUUCCCUUGCCCCGACUGUGAUUACCAUGCACGACACCGACCCCACUUGUCAAAGCAUAUGACUGUUCAUGGAGCAGAAUACAAGGCCAAAAGAGCUGCUGCGGAGAGCCAGAACUCCGACCAUGCUAAAACUCAGGUCAAUGAUUCUAUUGUUUAUAGGAAUGUCAAUGUGAAGAAAGUCGAUCAGAUGUUACUUCUCGAGGCCUCGGAAAUGAGAAAGGCAUUCCGCCAGAAAGAUGCCAUAACCCAUAAUCUUCAUAAGUGUGUCCUUUGUCCUUCUGUUUUCUUCAAAACUACCACCCUUGCAUAUCACAUAUCACUUCACGGCAGUGACGGAGAGUUUAAAUGUUCACAGUGUGAUUAUGCGGUCAGUAGGUCAAGCAAUUUAACAUGUCACUCUCAAGUGCAUCCGAAAAAAGCUCCUGUCAAGCGCCCACUCAAAACCUUCCCGUGCACUAAAUGCCCUGCCGUGUUCUACAAACAAGAUAGAUAUGAUCGUCAUCAGCUCCUGCACGGACAGAAUUACAAAUUCCGGUGCGAGCAUUGCGAUUAUUCUGUACGGUUUGCUGCAAAUUUGAUAAAACACAGAAAUCUGCAUACAGCAAAGAAAGAUGCUGAAAAUGCAGAAGUUUCUGUUACUCCUACUUAUACCAGUGCUUCACAAAAUGCUCAGCCUUUGAUUGACAAUGCUAACUUCCAGAACACGGGGGAAAAGAAAACCGUUUUCAUCUGUGAUCGAUGUCCGUAUUUCCAAACCAGAAAGGAUGCUGUCCAAAGUCAUCAAAGGCGGCAUUGGCUGGAGGAUGGUUUCAAGUGUCCAUAUUGUGAUUACAGUUCUAUGCAAAGUAGUUUCCUGCAAAAUCAUAUAAAGAUUCACAUACAACCUAGUCAAAUAUUCCCCCCUCAUGCCUUUAUAAAAUUUGAGUCCUUUAAGAUAUAUUGCAGGGAUGAAGGAAAUGAAACUCUCCUGUUUGAUGAUGAAGACAUGAAGAGUGAAGAAUGUGAUGAACCAGAUGAAGAAAGUGAAACUGAAAUCCCUAAAAAGCAAAAACUAGUAAAAUUUUCUCAUUCUUCAAAAUCUGAAAACAGUUUAGAUUCUCACUCAACAGAUUUUUCAAAAAAGAAGAAAAUUUCAGUUCUUUCUUCGAAAUAUGAUGAUAAUAGCUUAGAUUCUAAUUCAUCAGAAUCGUCAAAAAGGAAAAGAUCCUCUAAUAUUUGCUCUAAAUCUGACGAUAACAGCCUGGAUUCAGUUUCAUCAGAGUUUUUAAAGAGAAAAAAGUUUUCUAAUGACAUUUUAAAAUGUGAUGAAAAUAGCUAUGACUCGAUUUCAUCCAAUAAUUCAAAAGUGCCUGUAGUGGUUUUAUCGGAUAUUUUUGGCAACAAAAAGGGCCUUAAAAAAUUGAAUCAGCUAAAAUUUCCCAAGUAUAACUCUAAUAAGAGUGUUGAAUCUCCUAAAUCAAGCACUAAAGAUUCCACGGGUAGCUUAGUUCUUAAGAUAAAAUUGAAAAGUUGUCUUGUAAAUAAGCAUGAGAAAACUAUGUAUAGUGUGACAAGUUCUUGUGAAAGGAAACCUCCAAAGGUCACAGAAAGUUGCCCCGCAUCUGCCGAAAAUACAAAUGAUUCUUACCCAGACGUGCUUUUCGGAGACUCCAAACGAACAGAUAGUACCUCACCUGUUGACAUCGAAGAAAAUACGCUCACAAGUACUUCUGGGGUUAGUGAUACUUUGAGGGCAGCGGAUGAGGUCGAUGACAUGAUAGAUUCCAUUGCUGGACCAGAGACUGAUGAUUUGCUGUUGUCUAAUCCUUUAAAUGAUGUGAGUGAUGUGAAAUCCGAUGACUCUUUCUCAAAUGAUACAGUUCCUGUAGUGAUAGGUGAAAUUUGUGAAAAGUUAGGAAGUUUAGGUGAUAUCUCUUUCAAGGAUGAAUUGUCCUUGAGCACUGGUACUUGUUCAAACUCUCUAACAAAUGGACUAUUACCCGAAGAAAUUAAGAUAUGAUGUGUAAAUAGACCAAAGAUUCAAUUUUUAUAUGUUGUGUUUCAUUUUUUAAGAAAUUCAUACACUUCUAAUCUGUGUUCAUUUGUAAAUACUUAUUUAAUAUCUUUUUAAAUCUGUUGUAUCUGUAGAAGUGUUCUGACAACUAGUUUGAAAUUGCUGAAAUUUUGUAUUUAAUUUAUUUUGCUUCUUUUAAUGUGAUUGCUGUAAUCCUUUUGUGCCAGACAAAUUUAACACAUAAAAUUGAAUGUUCAAGAUUAAAAUUAAUUUUUCUUAAAUUCUUCUUUCUUUCUAAAUUUCAAAAGGCAGUAAUUUUUGCUUUUUAUAAUGGUUUCAAAAUAGUUGAGAAGAAACAUAGGGCAAUGUAAAAUAAUAUAUAUUUUUUUAAUCGGUUGAAUAGGCCAUAAAUGGACAUUUAAAAAGUUUGAAAAACAUUUAAGUGUGAGAGUUACAGAGAAUUUCACAAACAGAAAGAAAGUUUCAUUUGCUGAAGUUGUCUUAAAUUUCAAAUAUCUAUGAUCUUAAGCUCCUUUUAAUACUGUGCUAUUAGGUAGUACUUAAAUAAAAUUUAAUGGAAUGUAAUUUUUUUAAUGUUGUAACUUAUAAGAAGUAAUUAGUUAAUUUUAUUGAUUGUCUCAAAAAUUGCCUUUUUUUUCUCGUGAAGCAAAAAUUUUUAACAGUAAUUGAUAUAGAACAAUUCGCGUAAAUGAUCAAAUUAUUACGAAUCUAAAAUAUUAAUCAUGUUUAACAGUUAAUUCUGUUAUCUAAAGUCUAUUAGUUUCAUUUGCUUUAAUUUUGAGUGUAGCAUCAUAGGUAUUGCUAAAUGUUUUCAGUUUCAAAAUAACCUGUUGAGUGCAGCAGGGUAUAACAUCUUUCAACCCACCAUAAAUGAGCUUGUCCAAGGUCAAAUGUCUUUUAUCAAAGCCAGUAUUACUCUUAUUUUAAAUGAUUUGCCAAAUGAAGCAGGAAGUUUAAUUAAAAUGUCAUCAAAAUAAUGAUUUAAACUAUACAUAGUGCAGUUUCUAAAUGUAUUAUGCUAAGUAGAACAAUUUAAAAACAUAAUUUAUAGUCUACAAUUUAUUAUUUAUAGUCUACAAACUUGCUUACGCAUGUUUCUGUUUCGCUGUUAUUAAAAACCCAUUUUCCACAACAAAAAUUAUGUGAACUUAUGAAUGAAAUAACAUCGGACCAAAGUCUGGAUCUGACAUUUCGUCGGAUGUCUUUUCAUCCAAAGAGGGAUUCCUUGCAUUCCUAAAACAUAUGUAAGCAACUUUGCAGUACUAUUUUGUGUUUUAAGUAUUGUUUUGCUUUUAUAUUUUGCAUAAAAAUGUUAUGUUUGUUAAGUGUUAUCCAAAUCAGAAUAUAUUAAGCAAGCAUAAAAACCACAUUUCUUCCUUGAGAAAAAAUCUUGCUUCUUUUUGUCACGGGGCUGUUAAGUGAUUAAUUCCACAAUAAGUAGUUUUCACCCCAUAAAAAUAAAACUUGUGAUGAAAAACAAUUUAGCCCUUUUUUGUAUUUUGCAAUUCAAGUAAACUAUAGAAGAUGCUGGUCUCCAGCCAAUGCUAAUGAAAGAGGUAAAACCAAGACCGAAUGAGACAUCAGUCUUUUCUGUGCAAAAGUGAAAUGUUUUACUUCUUAGGCUAAUUUCUUAAAACACCACAAGGUGGCCUAUACAAGCUCUAGAGCUGUCAGUUAAUAAUUCAGCCUCUGAAUUAUUUUAUCUUGAAACUUUUUUACUCAUUUUAGCAGAAAUGUGAGCUGUGUUAGCACUAGGUCAUGAUUAAAACUAAAGCCAAUAUUUAAGACCAAAAUUUUUUACCUUAGCAGAAGAAAAAUGUAUUUAAAAACAGAAGGUUGAGAAAGAAAGGUAUUCCCUCAAUUGGCCAGGUAGUACUAUGGCGUGAACCGAUUUUUAAAAAAUAACUGGUAUCCCAGAGUUCCUGACGAUAUUUUUUCCCAGAGCUAUAAUAAAUAAGAGUACUGUCUAGCAUCAUUUUUUAACAAGAAAGCAAAACAUAUGCAGCAUUUUUUCAAAUAAAAUUACUAUGCAAUUUGGUCAACGGUGAAACAAAGCAUGACACACACACAUACUUAUUCUAAGGAAAUAAGUAAUGAGCAAAGAAUUUAAAAACUUUUUAAACAACUGGGUGUAAACUUUUUUUUUGGGGGGGGGGGUACUUUCUGGCAAUCCUCGUUUGUGGUCUAAACUGCGUUCAGGAGAAAGAUACGACUAGAUGUUAACAAAGAAAUGUGCCAUUUGGCAACUUUAAUGACGUAUUUAGCUUGGAGAAGAACAAAUUGUUGCCAGGCUGACAGCUCCUUUUUUUUUUUCUUAUUCCAGAGAAAAUCCCUAAAAGUAUUAAACCUUCUGGCAACCAGCUUGUUUCUUUUCAGUCUAUCUUUUCUGUGAACUGAAUAUAGAUUAAAUAUGAAAUUAGACUGCUUACAAGUGAGCACUGUAUGCAUUAAAAUACGCUUAGUUAAACCAAAUUUUAUUUUGAAAAAAAAAAAAAAAUCAUACUUUAAUAAAAAUACAUUUUUAGUUAUAAUUUUUUUUUUUUGGCAUCAAAUAACUUGUUUUUGUUUAAAGUGAAAAAAUUUUAACUAUAUUUAUAUUUAAUUUGUUUAAAAAAGUGAUUUUUUUGUUUAAGAAAUCUCAGUUCUGAUAAAAAGUAAAUCACAUUGAAUAUUAAUGCACUGUUUUAUAAAAACUGUCUUUUUUUUUUUUUUUUUCAAAAAAUGUGAUAUUUGAUGUUAUUGAUUGUUCUGUAUCUUUUUCUAAUCUACUUUUACAGAAUAAAUAUAAUGUGAUAUAUUAUUUAUAUAAUUGAACUUUAUCAUACAAAGGCAAUAUCAUCUAUUUAGCUUGACAAAACAGUUUCAUAAUGAUAAAUCUAAAGAGAUUAAGGAUUACAUAAAUUUAGUACAAAAAUUUCAAAAAAACAUGUAGUGAGAUUUCAUAGUUUGUUCUUUCAUUUUUUAUCUUUGAAAUCAUGUAUGAAUAUUUGUUUUCUUUCUGUUGAUCCACCAUGUACCUUAGCCAACAUUUCUGCCUCAUUAGUGUCAUAUAAAUGAAGGAAUAUAUUAAAUUUCUUUUUAAAAAAUUGUUUCUUUUGGUGUGCUUCAAAAACAAAAGUUCAUUACUUAAAAUGCAAACAAAUAAAAGGAUUCGUUGGAGAAUAGCACUAACUGAAAAUGUUCAUGUUUAAACUUGCUCAACAGCAGAAUGUUUGUCUAAAUAUGAAGCUUUAUUGAUAUUUUGUUCAUUACUAAUUGUUCUUUGAAAAAAAUGGAAGUAAAUCCUAUUUUUUAUUACCUACAACCAAAAUGAAUGAGACAAAGCAAUCAAAUGUAUUAAAAUGUUUAUAAAUGCCAUUUUUA